CCCCGCCUUGUAUCAGGCUGGAAACGCAUCGUUUUCCUUUUAUGAAAACUUGGCUCUUCUUUAAACUGUGUCGAGAUAUUUUUCUUUCAUAUUCAUCUUCCUCAAUAUGGACCCCCAGAAAGAGGCCCUACAUCGGAUAAUCGCAACGCUGGCCAGCAAAAAUGAGGAACUCCAUAGUUUCAUUGAUACACUGAGCCACUCGCUAAGAGGCGUGCAGGAAAAUUCUUCGAAAGUUAUAUUGGACCUGGACGAGGAAUUUGAUAGCCUUUAUUCUGCCCUAGACGAGAUGAAAGCGAGCAUGACAAACACAAUAAAACUGGAGCAGGCCCGAAAAACGCAGGAACUCCAGAGCCAACACACCCAGAGCAUCCAUGCCUUGGAAAGCUCAGAAGAGUUACUGGAGUUUGCCAACAAUGCCCUGGACAUCAAAGACCCUGAGGGAUUCACAAAGGCUGCAAAACAGAUCAAGGAUAGGGUGACAAUGGCUCCAGCGUUUCGCUUGACGAUGAAGCCCAAAGCCACCGACUGUAUGACUCAUCUGAUGGUCGAUUUCUCUCGGGAAAGGCAAAUAAUUCAGUCCCUCAAGUUCCUGCCAGUUCCAAGUGCUCCAGAAGUACACGUUUCAGACUGUCUGGUUGCUGACAACUCGGUAACAGUAGCGUGGAGAAUGCCAGAGGACUCUAAGAUUGAAAACUACAUACUGGAAUACAGGAAGACCAACUAUGAUGGGCUUCCCAGGAUAAAAGAUGAGCGCUGCUGGGAGAUUGUUGAUAACAUCAAGGCCACUGAAUAUUCGUUGACAGGCUUAAAGUUUGACUCCAAAUACAUGAACUUUAGAGUGAGAGCUUGUAACAAAGCAGCUGCAGGGGAUUACUCCAAUCCAGUUACACUCGAAACUAGAGCCUUUAACUUUAGUUUUGAUUCAACGUCGUCACACCAGAACCUGAAAGUAGAAGAUGGCUGUGUGGAGUGGGAUUCUGCAGGGGGCAAAGGGCAAGAGAGCAAAAGCAAGGGCAAAGAGAACAAGGGCAGCAGCCAUGUUACCAUUCUGAAGAACACUUCAAGAAGUGGCACUCCAUCUCCCAAACGGACAUCCGUCUCCUCAAGGCCACCGUCAGUAAGAGGAAGCAGAGACCGUUUUACAGGGGAAUCCUACACAGUGCUGGGUGACACAUGCAUUGACAAUGGGCAGCAUUACUGGGAGGUGAAGGCCCAAAAGGACUGCAAAUCCUACAGCCUGGGUGUGGCCUUCAGAAACCUGGGGAAAUUUGACCAGCUGGGCAAGACGAGCACAAGUUGGUGCAUCCACGUCAAUAACUGGCUGCAGGCCACCUUCGCAGCCAAGCACAACAACAAAGCCAAGACCCUGGAUAUGCCAGUCCCUGACAGGAUAGGUGUCUACUGUGACUUUGAUGGAGGUCAACUCUUAUUUUACAAUGCAGACACCAAGCAGUUGCUGCACACAUUCAAAACAAAGUUCACCCAGCCAAUUCUUCCAGCUUUCAUGGUCUGGUGUGGAGGGCUGACAUUGUUUACAGGACUCCAGGUCCCCAGUGCAGUGAAAUGCUUCCAAAAAACAGAGAACGGCAUGAACGGCUCGGCCAACAGUCUCAACAGUGUAGCGCAUUAGCAACCAGCAAGAGGAUUCUGCCUUUCUUUAUGCACGGUGCGCUUUCUAUCGGCCAGAAAGCAAACCUGAAACCUGGAUCGACACACGGAGCGGUCAGACUGCUGCUGUAAAGGCCUGGUUGCCUUAGCUGUUUAAAUACUGAAUUUCCUUGAGUAAUAAGAGUUUGUUUACUUUCCCUUGGAAUUUUCUUGAUGCUAGAGGUUUAGUCAGUGAAUAGCUGGAUGAAAGAUUUGUGAGAUUUAAUUAUUUUUUUUUAUUAAUAUUUUUUGUCUUUUACUUCCUUUUCGGUUGCAGAUCAAUUCACCCGAAUGAAUAGCUUCAAACGACUUUACAUGUUCUGUUGCUCCAGUAUUGAUUUUUAUCAUUCCCUGUUUUAACUCAUUUUAAAUCUGCCGUUGAAAGCUUUAGUGCCUUCUCUUUGUCACAUGAUACUUGAACGUUUGCUUUGUUGGCUCCACCUACACUAUAUUCUGCAUUGAAGAAUAUAGCUUAACCCUUUGCGGUCCAUUUAUUCAGCACCUGUCAGGCGCGUCAGGUCCAAUUUAUUUUCACACGCGCUGUUU